ACACAGGCACAUGUACAUUUUUUUCGAUUUUUGUUUUUCAAGAUGUUUGACUAUUGUUUGAAGCCAAAAUUCUCUGCAAAAUGCAAAUCGAAAAUGAAGAAGAAUAAGCUUAGAGUCGAGACUAUAAAGAAGAAGAGAAAUUCAAUGGAGAAGUACAUGAAGAACGAUAUUGCUAUGCUUCUCAAUAAUGGCCUUCUUUACGAUGCUUAUUGUAGGGCCGAAGGUCUUCUGAUUGAGCAAAACAGAACAGAAUGUUACAAUUUCAUAAUGCAAUUUACUGAGUGCAUCUCAAAGCAUGUUUCAAUCAUGCAAAAGAAGAGAGAAUGUCCUGAGGAAUGCAAAGAAGCAAUACCAUCUUUGAUAUAUGCUGCAGCUAGAUUUGCUGAUUUGCCAGAACUACGUGAACUAAGAGCUUUAUUUACCAAGAAAUAUGGAAAUUCCUUAGAACCCUAUUUAAAUCAAGAGUUUGUGGUUAAGCUAAAGGCAGAGCCUCCUACAAAGGAGAUGAAACUUCUAUUGAUGUACGACAUAGCACAAGAGUUUUCUAUUGAAUGGGACCCUAAAGCUUUGGAACAAAAACUAUUUAAGCCACCUCUAAUGGAGCAUGUAAGCCUUUCUCUCUAGAACCUUGUAAAAUAUUGCAUGUUAUGCAUUGAUACAUAGUAUCAACGGAAGUGGAGAAAGAGGAGAGGAGGGUGAUUCCAAGAAAGGCCAAUUCACACUCGCCCGGGUUGAAAGCCAAAAAAGUAAGAGAAUGGAGAAGAGAGGAUGAUGGCUUGGCAUCUUAAGAUUGGAUGGGAGGAAAAGAGAGAAAGCCCCUUCUAUGUUGUGUUGUGGAAGUAUUUAUUGGUAGAUCAUGGUUCCCGAGUGGUCACCUCUUGAGGAAAACGCACUCGUUAAUAGUGGAUGGCCUAAUGGAGGGCCAAUUGGGUGAUUAAGGAUGAAUGGUCCCUCUCGUGGAUGGUACGAAGCACAUGGGUGGUUGGUCAUUAAACAACCAUUCGAACAAUAUAAGGCAGGGGA